GGAACUACGAUUUGGGAGUUUCACGUAAUACUUCCGACUGGGCACAGACACUAUUUACGUUGCGAUCGUGUGAAGAAGUCUGUGUAGUCCUAAUUCAUCAAAAGUAUUGAUGUAGCUACUAGCUCAAUCUUUCAUCAAUGCAAAUCUGAAAGCGUUGUCAAUUAGCUACAGUCGUGAUAAAUACCAACAAACAAUGUCAAAUUUCAUCGCGCUGCAGACCCAGCUGGCCUCCGUCAUGGAUACACUUGUUCACGCGGCGGUGGCCGAACUGGGUAAACUUAUAGAAGACAGCUCUGUCUUCGUGUUCAGCCUGGAACGGACCCAGGGACAUUGCGAGGAUGACAAAUUAUCUGCGAAACUACAGACUGAGAGUCAGAAUAAGAUGAUCAGCUGACCUGUUGGCCCUACCAUUGUUUAUAAACAGAUACAGACACACUUCGCAACACUCAUGGAGGUACUGGGCAGUGAGGCAUUGGGUAAAAUAAUAAAAAUUAUGGAUGAUACUAAGUUUUUGCUGGACUUUGAAUCCAAGACCUUCAAAGAACAUGGAGGGAAAAAAGCUAAACCACAAGCAAGCAUCUUGAAUAUUCUGUCAGUUGGAGGAAUGGCAGAGGAACAUUCUUAUGGUGGAACUUGUAAAACUGUGGCGCAAACUGUUUCAAUGCAGUCUGCAGAUGUGGAGGAAGUGGACAUCCCAGAAUCUCCCCUCGUCUUGGCUGUCUCUGUCAAAGACGAGUAUGGACAAAUACACCUGGGGGCCAUUGCAGAGAGAGCUGCUGAUGAUGCUUUUGCAGAAAACUCUUCCUCAGAGAACCAAUAUUGUAUGAUUAGCGAUGACCCACCAGUGAACCCCACAGACAUCCUAUUGGAGUCUUUGUUUGCCCAAAAGAAGCUCUUUAUUUGCACAGAGUGCGGGAAAAGUUUCUCCACGCAGAGUAACCUCAAAUCCCACCAGCGACUUCACACAGGUGAGAAACCAUUUGUGUGCAUGUUCUGCAACAAAGCCUUUGCCCACAAACAGAGUUGUAAUGAUCACAUCCGCACCCACACUGGUGAGAAGCCUUUUAUAUGUGGCGUCUGUGGGAAAUGUUUCGGCAAGCAGGCACACCUCAAGACCCAUUCGAUAAUACACACUGGAGAAAAGCCUUACAGCUGCAGUGUGUGUGGCAAGAGCUUCAACCUGGCUCAAAAUCUGUCUAGACACCAGCAAAUUCACACGGGAGAGAAAAUCUUCACUUGUUUGCUGUGUGGGAAAGGCUUCACACGCGCUGUAACACUGAAGACACAUCAACUCAUUCACACUGGACAAAAGCCCUUCCAGUGCAAUCAGUGUGACAAGAGUUUCCGUCAUUCUGUCAAUCUGAAGAACCACCAGCGUAUUCAUACAGGUGUCAGGCCAUUUAGCUGUGACUUGUGUGGCAAGACAUUCCGUCAAUCAGUGAAUCUGAAAAUACACAAGCGCAUCCACACUGGAGAGAGGCCAUUCGGCUGCACAGAAUGCGGCAAGACCUUCAGUCAGCAGAGUAGUCUUAUCUCUCAUGGACGCACCCACUCUAGCGAGAAGCCUUUCGAGUGUAGCUUCUGUGAGAAAAGAUUUAACAACACCAACAGUCUGAAGUUGCACCAGAGAAUCCAUACAGGAGAGAAGCCGUACAGCUGUGAAAUCUGUGGGAAGACUUUCAGUCAGGGCAGUCAUCUCCGAACUCACAAGAAGCAUGUCCACGCAGGAGGGAAACAGUACAUCUGUGAUAAAUGUGGGAAGAGGUAUUCAGACAAACGGAAUCUUAAGAUGCACAAAUGUGUUUAUGCCUCAAUCUAACAUUGCGAUGGGCAAACGGUUUCAAUCUUUGACAGGCUUUUGUUGUCCUUUGCUUUGCUGUUUUAUGCCUGUUGGUUGAAUCACCAGAUGUCUCUGGUGAAAGAGCCUUGAAGCCUGGCAGGCGAAUCUAGGGAAUCCCCUUUCAACUUGAUUUUAGCCUGAGCAAAAAUGUAUAGUUUAUUAUGGAAUAGGACUUGCUGUCAGGGGCUAGGUAUUUUAGUUUUUGUUCCCAUUUAAGCAAUUAUGAAAAGGAAAAAUCAGAAACAAUAUAUUUAAGUUAAAUAAUGUUUUCAUGUUAGUGUGUACUGUAUAUAAUAAUGGCAUUUUUGUAAAUAUGUAAGACAUUUUAUUUAGCAUAACUAAAAGUACAGUUAACAUUUUGCAGCCUGAUAUGUAUUGAUAUCAUUUGUAAAAAGCCAAUAAAACUGAAACUGGUGUUUGGAUACAAAAAAAUCUGUAGAUUGUCUUGUUCUAACAGAAUUGCUUGGCUGGCUACUCUGUACUUCCAAAACAUCAGGUCCAUUUGUAUUUAUUGCUUACCACAUGUACUUGUUUCUUAAGGUUUGUUUCCCACAGACUUGAGUUAAAAAUUCACACAUUUUCUAUUUUAUAGCAUUUAUUUUUAUAUACUUUAUGUAAAAGAGACAAAUCAACACAUGGCUGUAUUUAGUGGGAUGGAACAAAUUGGUUCAAACAAAUCACAGUAAAUUAUGGGAAUGUAAUCAUUAAAAACAUGCAAUUUUG